GUAUUGGGCUGGAUAUCUUUUAGGAUCGUAUAAGGGCCAUAUGGCCCAUGAUAAAUAAUUAAUACUGGGAAAAUAUUAAAAAAAUAGUGAAAGUAUUAACAUAUAAAAAUGCAUCAAACAAAGAACUAGUAGGUCUCAAAGAGAGAGAGAGAGAGAGAUGGGAGAGAUUGUGUUUACAGAGAAGCAAGAAGCUUUGGUGAAGGAGUCUUGGGAGAUACUGAAGCAAGACAUCCCCAGAUACAGCCUUCACUUCUUUUCACAGAUACUGGAGAUAGCACCAGCAGCAAAAGACAUGUUCUCUUUCUUAAGAGACACAGAUGAAGUGCCUCACAACAAUCCUAAACUCAAAGCUCAUGCUGUCAAAGUUUUUAAGAUGACAUGUGAAACAGCAAUACAGCUGAGGGAGAAAGGCAAAGUGGCUGUGCCUGACACAACCCUCCAAUACCUGGGCUCUGUCCAUCUCAAAAGUGGAGUUCUUGAUCCUCACUUUGAGGUGGUGAAAGAGGCUUUGGUGAGGACACUGAAAGAAGGGUUGGGGGAGAAGUACAAUGAAGAAGUGGAAGGAGCUUGGUCUCAAGCUUAUGAUCACUUGGCUUUAGCCAUUAAGGCCGAGAUGAAACAAGAAAACUCACAGAAACCCUGAAUAUCAUUUGGGUAUAUGCUCAUAGAUGGUGAAUCUGUGUGCACAAGUAUAAUAUCAAAUCAUCUUUGUGAAAUUUAUCUCAACUACUUUUGGUUCUUUCUUAUACAGAGCUACAUGACACUCAAUAAAUUAAAAAAAUAUACCUCUGGCUACUGUUAACCGAAUAAAUUUAUGUCUGCU